AUUAUUUGUUUUUCUUCCUUUAUUACCAUUUCUGUUAUCAUUGCUAUUACUAUAUUAUAUUAUUUGAUUCCCCAAAAGAUCCUUUACCACUAUUGGACCUUCAUCAGCUAGAUUAGCUUGGUUUACAGUUAUUCUGCACGAAACUUUUAUUAGUGCAUAGCCUAAGGAUAAAAAGAGAUAAGCGACAGGUGGAUCCGUAAGCGAUCCAUCCAUGGCAAAUAGGUCAUUCCAAGAUCUUUGCCUCCACUGAAUAGCUUUUGAAAUUGAGCUCAGUGAGGUGUAUAAUAAAAAACAUAGUCAAUGAUUCAAUUCUGUUGCAUUUAUUAGGUGUGCAAAGUUCCUCGGUCAGUAGCUGGAUUAAGAUGAACAGGCACUUGGUGUGUUUUGAGGGGAAGGGAAGCYGCUUUGGCUCUUUUCGUAACUAUGUCAGAUCAGGUUUGGUUGUGGCGAUCAAACUAAGACACGUCUGGCCACAUUCGCUGUGUGCCUAGCAGCAAGCACAAUAGUUAUUGGGGUUGCAGCCAGCUGCAUGGAAUGCACCAUCCCAUCAAUGUCGUGGUAACAGACCAGUAUAACCACGUUCUCUUUCCAAGGAAAAGAUACAGAAGGAUGAGGAACCAAGGAGGCAUGUGGUACUGGGUACCUUUUGCAAGCACAGCCUCUAGCAAAGAAAUCAUCUUCACUGAGUUUGCCAAUCCUUUCUACUUUCCGAAGAAUAAGCAGAUGAGGAUCUGGUACGGAGAAGAUUUGACAAACUGGGGUGAAAGCGAUAAUUACGGACGUGUGUGCGUAAAUGUCUAUGCAAAGUUUCUAAAGUGAGAAAUUACAAAUUACAAGGGGCAAGA